UAUGGAUAUCGAAACUGGUUUUAUAAAGAAAUAAUAAAAUGGCGUCUAACUUAAAAACUUCGCAACAAAAGGGAUCAGACGUAUUUUACGAAGUAUGUUGUUCUGUUUGCGACGAGGAUGGCAUAAAUAAUGAAGGACUGUUUCACUGUAAAAUAUGUUUAAAAACAUACUGCGACGACUGUGUGAAAAUGCACAAAAAACUACUUAAGGAUCACGCGGUGUCAGCGAAAUCUGAUGGUGAUAGCUGGUAUGUUGCGAACAAAGUGGAUGACAAUAUAGAGUUUUGUGAGGACCAUACGAUUCAAAAACUAACGAUGUUCUGUGAAGAUCAUGAACAGUUGCUAUGUAAUUUAUGUCUCCUGCUCAAUCACAGGCAAUGCAGUAAGGUGUUUACAUUGGCUGAACAGGCCAAAUCAAACUCACAACGUAUACCCCUUGUUCAAGUGACGAAAGGAAUAGAAAAGUCGCAGAAGCGUUUAAAGGAUAUGGUGGACAGAGGAAAAGAUAACAUAAAAUCACUUAAAGCUUCUUACGAACAAAUUUAUGAAGAAAUACUUGAUGAACGUCGACAGAUCAACGAGAAUCUUGACCGACUUCAGCAAAACACCAUAAGGGAAUUGCAAUCAAUUCACGAGCGCUUAAAUAAUUCCAUUGAAGAUGACACCAAGCGAUGCUUAGAAUGUAUUUCAAAGUUAAAGAUAUAUGGCGCUAAGCUCAAAGACAUUAUUAUACCUGAACGAACGUUUAUUACGUUAAGGAAAUGUAUUGAUCAAACUGCUGCAGCAGAUUCACUCCUAAAAAGCAUGAUCAAGAAGGAUGGAACAGAUAUUAAAUUCCAGCCUAACCGUGAAUUGAUUCAAUUUCAUGCAGACUGCACUGAUUUUGGGAAAAUCAUCAUAGGCGAUCCACAACAUAACGUUGAUCCAAACAAGAUUGUCAGCAUUGAGGACAAGUCAGAAUAUAAUGUUCGAACAGCUACUGAUAAAUACUCAUGUUCGAUUACGGGUAUAUGUACGACUUCCAACGGGGAUCUUGUCAUUGCUGACUGUCACAAUAAUUGUGUGAAACUCCUUAAUCAGGCGUACAAGGUGAUUGAUCAAGUUCAGCUUCCUACUUGUCCGUGGUCCAUGUGUAGCAUUUCCUCCUUCGAAAUGGCGGUGACUGUUAGCGAACAAGAAGCUGAUGCUCUUAACGAGAUUCAUUUAUUACGGGUAGAUGGCGGAAAGAUUAUACGCAAACAGGUUCUAGAAAUGAAUCAUGUCUGUUAUGGAAUUGCGCAUGUCGAUGCAGAAGUGUUUGUGACUUCCGGUACUGCGUUGUACGAAUACACAAUGGAAGGACGGUUAGUUAAGAAGUUAUACGAAGAUAGUACUGAUGAAUGCCGAGGUGAUAUAUGAGUACAUAAUUUUUUCGUUUUUUUUUUCAGGGAUGCUUUGCACUUUGUGUUUACAUAUGCAUGAACUUGAUAAAGAUGAGAUCUGAGCGUAGAUUGUAUCAAUACGGCUGUUAAUUACAUAGGACAGGCACAUAGUGGAGGACCGACUUUAAUGUUCUAUAAGGGUUUCAAUGACGUUAAUUGAAAUCAUGCACUCUAGUCCGGUUCCGAAACGUCACCU